GACAUCUUGAAGCCGGGCAAAACCACUUCCUUUGCGCUUUGCGUAACUGACCGUACGGUUCUCUUCUCCCUCCCCCCGCCCCAUCCCUUUUGCAAAGCAUUAAUAGUACCCGCUGAAAGAGGGGGUGGCGCUACAAUGUGAGGAUAGGAGUGCUUGUGUGGCUGCGCAGAGGAUUUGGUUUCUGUUGGGUGAUACAUGAGCUUGCCCUCCACAUUUUUUUCCUCUUUGCUUCAUCUUGACUGGCUGGUCAGGCCUAGGAACCCUCUGUAUAUUUUUGUGUGAUGAGCUGUAUGGUGCCUUUUACUACCUUGCUGAUGGGACUACUGCUGACCAGAACCAUGGCCUGGACCUCGACUGGGAAGACACAUGCUGAACUGAUCAACAAUCUUUACAAAAAUGGUGUGAUUAAGUCUCAGCGAGUCCAAGACGUACUAUUGGCCACAGAUCGAGCGCACUAUAUCAAGUACUUUCCAUAUAUGGACUCUCCUCAAUCCAUUGGGUACAAGGCUACGAUCAGUGCACCUCACAUGCAUGCUCAUGCUCUAGAGUUAUUGAAGGACCAGUUAGUAGAAGGAGCAAAGGCACUGGAUGUAGGGUCAGGAAGUGGAUACCUCACAGCUUGCUUUGCUAGGAUGGUGGGUCCCACAGGAAAGGCAGUGGGAAUAGAACACAUUGCAGAACUGGUUCAUGAGUCCAUUAGAAAUGUCAGAGAGGAUGAUCCAACUUUGCUUAGUUCUGGACGUGUGAAACUUCUAGCUGGGGAUGGCAGGAAGGGGUUCCCCGAAGAAGCCCCUUAUGAUGCCAUCCAUGUUGGAGCAGCUGCACCCACAGUGCCAAAGGAGUUGCUGAAUGAAUUGAAACCUGGAGGACGACUGAUUUUGCCCGUAGGACCUGCGGGUGGAAACCAGGUUAUGAUGCAGUAUGACAAAACUAAAGAUGGACAAAUUGUGGAAAAACAACUGAUGAGUGUAAUAUAUGUUCCUCUGACAGAUAAAGAGAAACAGUGGCCUCGGGACGAAAUUUAAAAGAUUUAAAUCAUUUGUAAGGAUCUCUUGGGAAGCAUGUGAAACUGUGCUUGGAACAGGCAUUUAUAUGCUGCAUAUACAAAUACAUAAGGCUUUGGUUUUUGAAUGAAUCUUUUCUCUACCCCCCUUGAUACCCAAAAUUGUAUUUUUGAUAGUAAUGGGGAGAGUGUCUGAAGGAAAGCCUAACAACUGACACAGUAGCUUUAAUCCCAAGAACCACUGCAGCAGCGUGACUCAGCAUUUAAGUAAGUUAAAGUUAACAUUGGUCCAGCUGUCCUUGCCUGUAGAUUAUAAAAACCCUGUUUGCAAAAGUGGAAGGAAACAUGCAUAUGGUAUAUUUUAAAUGAAUGUAGGUAACUAUCCAUAUUUGUUAAGAUGAUACUUGGAAAAUAUUCCCAUUUGAUCUUCUACUGCUGAAAGUAAUAUAUUUGUAGUACCUUGAAUUUUAACGGCUUGGUUAAUAAAAUAUUAAAUCUGGAUCUUGCUUUCUUUCAUCUAUUCAUUGCAUGGAAGUAUUAUGCAGGAGCGGACUGAGCUCUUCUUAGUCUAGCAUGUUAUCCAGCUGCUCUUGGGUGACCAUAAGGAUAUCAUGAUGCUAGGUUUCCCUUCUGGUCCUGAGAUACCCGGGUCCAAUAGCACCUUAAAGACCAUCCAGAUGUUCUGCUUUGGGUGGGGGACAAGAGUGGUCAUGGGGGGAAGUGCAGAAAUCGUCCCAGAUACAGCACGGGAAGCAUUGCUGUGCAGGGCUCUGGAUCACAAGAGACUCCCACUCCCAAAAAAUCACCUGUUGUGGCUGUGGAAGAUUAAAGGGUUUUUCUGAGGAUUCCUGUCCUAAAAUCCUAUGUGAGCAUUAUUGAUCCACACAAGAAGCAAAUUUGCCUCAGUGGGCAAAUUCUUUCUCCCUCACUGUAGAGAUUGAUCUUGCAGUGACAUGAGAAGAUUCCUUUCAACUGUAGACAUUUUUCAUUGUUUUUGUUCCAUAAACUAAGAUUUUAACCUUGUGUUACUUCCCAGAAGCAUUUUGAACCCAUAACAAUAGUAUGACUUCAGCAUUUAGAUGUUUAUAUUACAGUGAGAUCUGACUGUCCUGUCGAUCAGGCUUGUUGGGUGCCAUGUAUCCUGGGAAAUGUAAUUCUGAAGGGAUGUUUGUAUUAACCUUUUGAUCUUUUAUUUGGUAAACAAAUAGAAAUUAUUCUGUAAACAACUAGCACUAAGGGUAUAUAAGAUCAUCUGAUGUAAUUGGUCUUUAUGCAUAUG